AGUAUCCACUGUACAGUUUGUAAUGUAUACACAUCCAUCACUCUGUUACAGCAUGACAACCAUCCACAAGUCAACAAUAUCGGGAAGCAUCCUGAAAACUACAGCUGCCCUGUGAGCCAAAGGUCACCAUGGAGACAGAGGAAGCACCUGCGCAGUGCAAUGAUGACAUGGAGGAGACCUGCACAGUGUCAGUCAAAGGUCUAACAGAGAACUGGCAAAAAUGGUCUGAUGACCACAGUGAGUAUCAGAAACACAACCCCUUCGGCAAUGGCAAAGUGUUUCCCCAACAAAACCAGCGAGGACAAGUGGGAUAUGGCAAGCCUCUAGAGGGCUCUAAAACAGAGCAGAGAGGAAAAGACGCCCACUCCCACAUCAGCAGAGAGGUCACCGAGCUCUGCCAGGUGAUUAGGGAGAUUGGAGUGUGCAGAGAGGACGCCAGGCCAGCUGUGCAGUUUGGAACGCUGUUUGAGAGAUACGUCAACAUCUCUAAUAAACUAGUUGGAGUUCUGUUGCGGGCACGCAAGCAGGGGCUGGUCCACUUUGAAGGGGAGAUGCUGUGGCAGGGGAGAGAUGAUGGAGUGGUCAUCACCUUGUUACAGUGAUUGACAGCAAUGAUGGAAACCACGUGCCAGCCUCAAAGUGUAUAUUACUGUCAAUUAUUGCAUUAUAGAUAUGUAUUUUACUUAGCAUCCCGGACAAAGAAUCCAUUGAUGAGAUACUAAAACUGAGGUUAUGCUGCUACUUUGCAUGCCUUAAAGGUGCUGCAAGUGAUUUCUACCUUCUCCAAAUGCCCUGCCCUCCAAAGGCAUUUCCAUUUAUCUGAGAUCAGAAAACCCAAUCUGACUGGCUAAAAAUGGGUGGGUCGAUUCAAUUUUUGCUGUUUUUAGAGCCUAGGUAUAUCACAAUGACAGAUGUGAUUUCUUAGGACACCUGUUGUGAUGUCUGUGAGGUAGCAGGGAUGUUGUAUGCAUUGUAUUCCUUAAGAAAUCAAUUACAGCACAAUUAAGGGAACAUACAGUAUAGUCAAAAUGUAACAUGGAAGUGUUAACAAACUGUAAUAUUUUUCACACCAUAAUCACAUUUAUUUGCCAUCACUUUGAUGCACAGUAUUUAAGAGAUAGUUAACCUAAAACUGAAAAUGUUCUCAUUUACUCUAUCUUUGAUGUUUAUGACUUUCUUUCUUCUGCAGAACACAAACAAAGAUAUUUAGAAGAAUAUCUCAGCUCUGUAGGUCCUCACAAUUUAAGUGAAUGGCGACGAAAAAUUUGAAGCUCCAAAAAGCUCAUAAAGGCAGCAUGAAAGUAAUCC